CUUGAGUUGGCCGGCGUUAGUGGCUUGGACCCACCGAGCAGUGACAGUAAGGAAAGAAAAAGAAGAGCAUCGGAGGCAAUGACGAACGACGGCAGGAAGGGUGCCGUACGUAUGACGAUGCAGACGAAACAGGAAGGUGUCUUGCCUUAAGAGGAAGGCACUUAUUUUCCCUCCACGCAGCUCUCUGCGUAUCUGGUCAUAUCGAAAUGCGCCGACUGCGCCCUUACGACGCGUUGUACACUCCGACGCGUCGACGGCUCGGUCACCGCCCGCGAGCCGCAAUCGUACAGAUUAAUAUCUGCAACUCGGAAUCUACACGCAUGCGCUCGCUCGCCCCGCGGUCUUACCGACCAUCCGUAUGUGCUUCGCCAUCCAACUUCGACUGAUAUACUCUACAGCCUUGGCGACGAAUACACACGCGCAUGCUCUGGAAUGCUCCAUUCUCGCGAAAUCACGAAUCGAAUCACAACGCACGACUAUCAAGGCGUCCUCAGCUCGAGAAGGCCGGAAGCACACAAAGGCUCGAACGAUGGACGAUCAUAUCGUCAUCAAUCCGCUCGAGUCCGGCGGCCGCUGGGUGCGCUCACAUGUUCGCGGAACAGUGCGUGCAGUUGCAUAUGGGCGUCGAUAUCACUGCGCAACUGAGGUUCAAAUGCGAGCCCCGGCGGGCUCGGAGCGCUAUCUCUGUGGUUUAGCGGACUGGAGAAGGCACGCUGCACAGCGUGGUCCGCGGCGAAAUGGAAGUCCAGUACGUACGGGCAAACAUCACUGGCGUGUCAUUCGCGAGUUCCUCCGCCGUGUUCGUCGCGGUUCAGGCGCAUGUGGACGCACGGACUCGGUGAUUCUGUUCCUAUGUGCAUUUGCUCUGUACUUCUCCGACAAAACGCGGAGAAGUGUCUUCCUUGGUGUCUCCUGUCGCGCUGCAAGACAAAUUUGCGGUGCAUUGAAAAGCUUAGCUCCGAGCC